ACAACUCACUUCCCUUCUUGAGCCUCGGUUUCCCCACCGCAACACAGGGUUCAGAAUGCAUCGCCUGCCGAGAGGGUGAUGGGAACAGAGACUAUAAGGUGCCCAGUGAGGGCCCAGCACCCAUACCGGGGUCCCCUGGAUAUGAGGGUGCUGUGAUCAGGUUUCCUGCUCCCUGGGGUCAGGCUGGCCUGGGAGAUGCCCAAGAAUGCCAGCAGGUCCCAGAGCCCGCCUCCCCUGUGCCCUCUCUCACAGCUGGACAGUGAAGCAUCAGUGUGUGGAUCUGCUGGCCGAGGGCCUGUGGGAGGAGCUUCUUGAUGACGAGCAGCCAGACAUUACUGUCAUGGACUGGUUUGAGGACAGCCGGCUGGACGUGUGUGUCUAUGAGUUGCACGUCUGGCUGCUGGCAGCUGACCGACACACCAUCAUUGCUCAGCACCAUGUGGCCCCCCGGACCUCUGGGAGGGGCCCUCCUGGCCGCUGGGUCCAGGUGUCCCACGUAUUCCGCCAGUAUGGCCCUGGUGUGCGAUUUGUCCACUUCCUGCACAAGACAAAGAACCGCAUGGAGGCUGGUGGGCUGCGGCGAACAAGGGUGACUGACUCCUCCGUGUCUGUGCAGUUCAGGGAGUGACUGGCUGUUUUGACCCCUUGUCUCAACCUGAGUGUCUGACUUCACCGCCCCCCUCCCCAAACGGAGGGCAGGGACCAUGUCUUCCCGAGGCAGUGCUCAAAGACAGUAGGUGCUCAAUAAAUCCUUGUUGACUAAACCAGUAAACACCUGUGCCCAAGGA